UCUCCGCAGCCAACAACCACUGCAUCCGCCUGACUGCUUGAGGACACCAGAAGAGAACGAGGAGACUGGAUUUGGUUUGUUUGUGUUCUUCAAGCCUUUUUGUGCACUUUAUCUGAACCGAAUCCCUCGCAAACAUGAUGUCCAUGAACAGUAAACAGCCUCAUUUCGCCAUGCAUCCCACUUUACCUGAGCACAAGUACACAACUCUGCACUCGAGCUCGGAAGCGAUCAGGAGAGCCUGUCUACAAACACCACAGCUGCAGAGCAACAUCUUCGCCAGCUUGGAUGAGACGCUCCUGGCCCGCGCCGAAGCUCUGGCGGCCGUGGACAUCGCCGUGUCCCAGGGUAAGAGUCACCCGUUCAAGCCCGACGUCACGUACCACACGAUGAACUCCGUGCCAUGCUCGUCCACGUCCACCGUGCCACUCGCCCACCACCACCAUCAUCACCACCAUCACCACCACCAGAACCUGGAGCCGCCCGAUCUCAUGGACCACAUCGGCUCCCCGUCGCUCACCCUGAUGCCCAGCGCGCACGAAGGAGCCAGCGGUGGCGGCGGAGGGGGCGGUGGCGGCGGGGGUUUGAUCUCCACGUCGGCCCACCCGCACUCCCACAUGCACGGCUUGACCCACCUGUCCCACCAGGCUGCUAUGAACAUGAACUCGCCGCUUACCCACCACGGGCUCUUACCGGGCCACCACGGCGGUGCGCAUCAUGGCGCACCGGGACUCACCAACAACGGACUGUCCUCUAUUAACGACUCGGACACGGACCCGAGGGAGCUGGAGGCAUUCGCGGAGCGCUUCAAACAGAGGAGGAUCAAACUCGGGGUGACUCAGGCGGAUGUGGGGGGCGCCCUGGCCAACCUGAAGAUCCCGGGCGUGGGCUCACUGAGCCAAAGUACCAUUUGUCGGUUCGAGUCACUAACUCUGUCGCACAACAACAUGAUCGCGCUCAAACCCAUCCUUCAGGCGUGGUUGGAAGAGGCCGAGGGCGCCCAGCGCGAGAAAAUGAGCAAACCCGACAUUUUCAACGGGAGCGAGAAGAAGCGCAAGCGGACCUCCAUAGCCGCUCCGGAGAAACGAUCUCUGGAGGCUUAUUUCGCGGUCCAGCCUCGACCGUCUUCGGAGAAAAUCGCGGCUAUUGCUGAGAAAUUGGACCUAAAAAAGAACGUGGUGCGAGUAUGGUUUUGCAACCAAAGACAAAAACAGAAGAGGUUGAAAUUUUCUGCGGCUCACUGAUGGACUACUUCGAAAACAAACAAACAAACUAAAAAAAAUGGACUGAGUUUU